AUGUCGUAUCGCUAGUUUAUUAGUCUGGGGCGACUGUGAUAGUCAAUUGUUCGUGGACAGUGGACAUACACGUGAUAAACAAUUAUAAUAAACACAGUAGGUACAGUGUACUUUUGUAUUAAAUUUUUAUAUUAAAAUUGUGAACAGAAAUAAGAAAUAAAACGCGAUGAGCGUGCGUCGACGCGGUGGGGGCGGCGCGCUGCAGAACGGAGUAGUCACAGAAGGAGAAAAGACUAAAGACCCAGAAUUCGCCAUUCGCGAGUCCCCUCUCACAGUUCUCAUAGAACACUCCCUACACAUCAGAGCAAUAUACCACAUAUUUGUGGUCAUCCUCCUUCUUCUGCUAUGCGACACGGUCGUGUACGAUCUCGUCGAGCGAGGAAAAAUAAACAUAGGUAUAACGACGGUGGUGGAGGGUUUCCGCGACAUCGGUCGGAGUAUUACUCUGUGGCUGUUCGAGCUGGCCGUGGCCGUGUCGUUCUACCCCGGACUACACUUGUACGCCGCAGGACGGAAGUUGGUCAAGAAAAAUCCAGCGCUAUGCAAAAUAUGGAGCUAUCUCGGCUUUUUGGGGGUGGUGGCGUUGGAAGUGGUUUUGAUCUUCAUGACCAUUCACCAGCUGGUACAUAAGUACCACGCGCUGGCAUCCACUGUGGCCGUCACUUGUGAGAUGUUCCGUUUCGCGAUGAAGAUAUGGGACAUAGCCAAGGCAUGUACCCCGCGAUGUCACGACGAGAGCAAGCCUCUCCCUACCUUCUCUCACUUCAUUUACUUCCUCUUCGCACCCACUCUCCUCUACAGGGAUAAUUAUCCAAGAACAAAGAGAAUAAGAUGGGAAAAGGUCGUCCUACAUUUUCUGGAGGUUGCGGCGAUUGUGUUCUAUAAUAGUUUUCUGUUCGAGCGGUUUAUUCUACCUUAUUGGUCCGAUUAUGGAAAGGAGCCUCAGGUGGAAGCGGGAAGCGUGGUUCGGGGGAUGUUUGCAUGUGUGUUGCCGGGGGUCAUAUCCUUUUUAUGUGGCUUCUACUGCCUCCUGCACGCCUGGCUCAACGCCUUCGCAGAGAUGCUCACAUUCGGCGACCGACUGUUUUACGAGGAAUGGUGGAUAUCAUCCCAAUUCUCCCGGUACUACCGCGCGUGGAACCGCGUGGUGCACUCGUGGCUGCGGGAGCACAUCUAUAUACCGCUGGCACCCAAUGCGGGGCGAGCCUUCUCCACCUUCACCGUGUUCAUUAUAUCAGCGAUAGCCCACGAGGUGGUCCUCGCGCUGUCGUUCGGCUUCUUCUACCCGGUGCUGCUGCUGGAGUUCGGCGUGUUCGGCCUGCUGAUGCUGCCGCUCACCGCCAGCGGCCGCCGCUUCCCCAGCGUCUUUAACCUCAUCAUGUGGCUUACCUUCUUCAUUGGAAAUGGUGUCCUAUGGAGUCUGUACCCCAUGGAAUACUUCGCUCGCAAGAACUGUCCGCCGUCGGAAAGCGACAGCUUCUUCGUACCGAAGUCGUGGUCCUGUCCGGAGAUCGUUAUGAAACCCAACUGGAAGUUCCAGAAUCCAUUUGAACUGAUCCACUGAAUGACUGCUCCUUACGUGCCUAAUUAGUUUAGCUAAUAAAUAUGUAAUAUGUUAAGUGAAAAAGUU